AUGGCUUCACUAAACUUUAAUUGGACGGUGCAGCACAAUAGUCACACAACGUUGUCGCAAAUUAAUAAAAGACGUUUAGAAUUUGGAGUUGAUAUAGAAACGUUCAGAGUGAACGAUCGAAGACAAGAUCAUAGUGACAGUGAAGCCUCAAUGGACGAAGAAGCAGCGAAACGGCGACGACGACUCCUUACAGAAGAAAGAAGAGAAGAAACAGAUUCGUACUAUAGAAAUUAUAACACACACCGAACUAACAUCCUACGUCACUCCGACGAGGAUGACGAUUCACUUGUUCAAAAAACUCAAAACGCUCUAAAAACUUUAAGUUGCUGGGCACGAGACCACGCUGCUAUUCCUAACGAUCAAAGCGAAGACGCUAACGACUUUGAUAACAUUUUCAACGAUAAACGUUCCGACAAAAUGUUGCCAUCAUCACCAUCUUUGUCUUCAGACAGUGCUGAGAACUCACGCCGAAGCUUCUCUUUGCAUUGUCAAAACGACGAACUAAAUGCUGCCAUGAACGAAGGGAUGGAUCCCAGGGAAAAUACUGAACGGCCACCAAAAAUGGAAAAUGACAACAGUAUGGACAAUUACAAGAUAGACAAAAGUCCUAAUCCCUAUGAUGCUUCUAAUUUCGAUGAAUUGGCGGAUUCUUCAUCAAACGAACUAGAAAUAGACAUGUCAGACAGAAACGAAGACAAAUACGAAGAGGACAGAGAAGCGAAACGUAGGCAGGCUGAAAUAAUCUCUGUUAACAAGCAAUCUCUUUACAACGCUUACAAAGCUGCCACAGCUUCAUUGCCGUAUUCGACCCAAUCCGCCUUCAAGCCACCAGCGGAAGUGAAACACAAGAUCCACGGCUCCAGUUUUCCCAGCGAGCCAUUCGGUGGCUAUUCUAAUGAUCACGAGAAGAGUGCGAUUCAUAAGGGUUCGAAGCAGUACACGGUGCUGCAGCCAGCCGCUGCUGGGUCAAGGGCUGCUACAGCGUUGCAGGAGGCUCGCACUGUACCAUCAGCUCAACCGGCGCGAGACUUGCGACCCAUCAACCCUCUCUCCCCACCAGCCGUCCGAGAAGGCAACAAGUGUCCGACUCCUGGUUGCAAUGGGCAGGGCCACGUUACAGGCCUCUAUACGCAUCAUCGAAGUCUGUCAGGAUGCCCAAGAAAGGACAAAGUCACACCUGAGAUAUUGGCGUUGCACGAGACAAUCUUAAAGUGUCCGACGCCGGGGUGUAACGGACGAGGUCACGUCAGUUCUAACCGCAGCACUCACCGCUCUCUUUCUGGCUGUCCGACGGCCGCUGCACGCAAAGCAGCAGCUCGCUCCCAACGAGGCCGACCACCGGUUCAAUUGCCCGCACCGGCUCCCGUGACUCAAGUGUCAGCCAGCACGUCAGAUAGCCACACUUCAGACGGUUCCCGCGAUCGGGUUCCAGCGGCGUCGCCGCAAACUCCGGCCGUGAAGCGCGAAGCCCCCGAACUGCUGGUGCCGAAGCGUGAGGCCGCCGAGCCCGAGCGCGACUCCCCCGGCAUGGAGACGCGCCACGCCGGCUACGGCGCGCCGCCCGAUCAGCGCUCACCAUACGAACGACCGCCUGACGACCACGUACGGUCAUACAGUCAAAUGAACGAAGCUCGGUACGGAUACGAAGCUAGGUGCUAUGAGGGCGCCCCAGCUUUUGAGAGAUAUGACCCAGCUCAAUGCCCUCAGAGGCCUUACGGUUGGGAAGAAGAACGAUACCAUGACCCUCAUUUGCCAACGCCAAUGAAAACGGACCAAUCAGAACAGGAAACAAAUUCUGGACCUAUAUAUCCUAGACCAAUGUACCAUUACGAAGCUGGCGGUGUAGGCGCCGUGGGCGGGGUGGGCGCUAUGGGCCCAGGCGUUCCCCCCGGCUUCUCCGCUAUCAAUCUCUCAGUGAAGAUAGCCGCAGCUCAGGCUCAACGUCCUCGAAGUCCCACACCCAGGGAUCCUCGUGAUCCACGUCCGGCUAUAGAUCUAUCCACAUCUAGUGGCAGUCCACAGGGUCCAUAUGCGUCACCGGUAUACACGAGCGCCGGUGGUGGCAGUGGGGGCGGUGCACGGGGAAGCCCGCAGCCGGGCGCUUCGCCCCAACUUACGGCAAGUCCCCAAGUUCCCAGUCCACAAGGCCAGACCCUCGACCUUAGUGUGUCCCGUUUACCACAUAGAAGUUUUCCGGGUGGUGUUUCAUACAGUCGAGAAUCAACGCCGGAUAGCGGUGGAAGCCAUCCAUAUCUUGAAGCAUACCAUCGCGACACGGCCGGUUACGGUGGUGUAAGCCCUCACCCGGUAGCCGGAUACGGUCUUGCGCAGCCGGAUUACGCAGCUGCUGCUGCCGCUGCCGGAUACGGUGGCUAUCAGUACCAAUGCGGGGCAUACCCACCCCCGCCCGCGUACCCCCCGCACGCGCCGCCGUAUUCACCACCGUGCUAUAUGCCGCCGCCGCACGCACCGCACGACAAGCCCAAGGAUAGCUAUCACCGCGACGACUUUUACGGGAAACAUGGUUACCGUAUUCGGGAGUCGAAAGAACUGAUCCACUGUCCCGUCCGAAGCUGCGACGGAUCCGGACACGUGUCUGGCAACUUUGCAACUCACCGCAGUCUGUCCGGGUGUCCUCGUGCUGAUCGCUCUCAACUGCAGCCACAUUCUCAAGAACUGAAGUGUCCCACACCAGGUUGCGACGGAUCCGGGCACGUUACCGGGAACUACUCCUCCCAUCGAUCACUAUCAGGUUGCCCCAGGGCUAAUAAACCGAAAAGCAAGCCCAGGGAUGGCCAAGAUUCUGAACCGCUCAGCGCGUCGGGCUGCCCUAUUGCAAAUCGGAACAAAAUGCGGGUUCUAGAAAGCGGCGGCACAGUUGAGCAGCACAAAGCGGCAGUGGCGGCAGCGGCAUCCGCUAUAAAAUUCGAUGGCGUGAACUGUCCUACCCCGGGAUGUGAUGGAUCGGGACAUAUAAACGGUUCGUUUCUAACCCAUCGUUCGCUAUCCGGCUGUCCCGUAGCCGGUGCAACCACACCGACGCCUCAACCAAAGAAACCGAAAUAUCCUGAUGAUAUCACUCCGCUAUACCCCAAGCCCUAUUCAGGUAUGGAUAUUAACAUGCAGACAGGAAACGGCGAAGAUUUAAUGACAUUGGAGCAAGAAAUUACUGAACUCCAGCGUGAAAAUGCAAGAGUGGAAUCACAGAUGAUGCGUCUGAAAUCGGACAUAAACGCGAUGGAGUCACACUUGAGCCAUGGAGAAAGGGAGAAUCAGCUCAUCAUUCAUCGCAACAGCAAUCUGAAUGAAUAUUACGAAAGCCUUCGGAACAAUGUGAUCACGUUGCUGGAGCACGUUAAGAUACCAGGAGGAGGUACGGUGCCCGUAUCAACUGCCCCCGGAACUCCCGGAGCUGCACCCCCGACUGGCCCUGGUGAUAAACCCGCCCACGAUAACUUCGACUCUUAUCUCACCAAGCUGCAGACCCUAUGCUCCCCGGAAGGAUACUGCCCCGAUGAGAAUCGACCGAUCUAUGAGACCGUUAAAAACGCGCUCCAAGACUUCACAGUGCUACCAACGCCGAUAUAAGGCUCAUCCAGCGCCGCCGACAACGAGCGACAGUGAUUAUUUGCCAUCACCGAUUGCGAUUGGCGGAGCUUAUUUCGACUGACAUAUAAAUUUAAUGAGUCUAGAACAAUGUAAUGUUAUGAUAUUUACCAAAGGUGUAUUUUAAGACUGUUGGCAUAAAUGUCAAAACGAAUACAGUGAAUUAUGAAUGUAUCUGUGUACAGUGUGACAGUGCGAUGGAUCCUUCGGACGUUAUGUGUUCUAUUUAGAUACGAUGUCUAUUUUAUAACCGUUGUAUACGAUGUGUGAAUUCUUUAAGACAUCACGUUACCGUUCGUAAAUUCAGCUAGUCAAUAAGAAGGACUUAAAUUUAAAUGAAAAUGAAUUUUAAACAUUGUUAAUCGUAUAUGCUUAAAGUAAGUUAACGUUAGGGAAAGUUUAUACAAUUGUACUAAGGGAUUUUAGCACUACACUGCAUUCAAACGGGAUCUAAAGUGUAAAUAUGUACGUAAUUCAUUAAUGAGACAUUAGGUUAUAGAUAACUGUCUACAGUCGAAAGAGACGGUGUUUAGUGGAAAUUUAAAAAAAGUUUUAUCAAUAAAUGAACUUAAAUAAAAUAUAAGGAUGUUACUCUUUAUUAUGUUCAUACUGGGUAUGUGCCAAAUGCUCUGCAGGGCCACUAGACCGCUGACGUACUAAGACUAUUAUUGGUAUAGAGUAAAACAAAAGAAAAAUCAUUUAGCGAGCUCUAGUCAGUUUGUAAAUAAAUUGUGAAUACAUGAUAGUCACGUCUCAAAGGACGUUCUUAUUUAUAUUAGUAAAUAACGAUCUCAUUAGAUCAAGUAAGUUAAAUAAUUCAGUCAUUAAUUGAUAACCAUUGUAGAGAUAAAUUAAUAAUUUCUCUGUUAGCAAAUGUUCACUUGCUGUGAUUAUGUUACGUGUUACUUAUUUAUUGUUACCUUUGAGGAUGUGAUAGCUCAAAUCAAGGCGGGUUAUUGUUAUUUUGCUAUGUUUUAUUUAACACGCUUUACUCAUGAAUGUGCAAUUAUCGUUUUAUUGUAUUAAGAUAAGCAACAAUUUUGUUAAACUUUCAAACACAAUUUCGCCAAGUUGCAUCAGUACACUGAUCAAUAAUGAUAUUCGCAUAUAUAAAAUCUACAUAAUAAAUAAUAUGUUAUUCUGAUUGUCAUAUACGUUUCUGUAAAAUAUUGAGUAUGUGUUGUUAAAGAGAAUAAAAUAAUAAAUGAUGAAAAUGG